AUGGUUCGUCUGUUUGAGCAGCCCCUUUUGUGGCUGGACUGCGAGAUGACUGGGCUCGACCCCCUGAAAGACAGGAUUUUGGAGGUUGCAUGCAUUCUGACAGACGGGGAGCUGAAGCACAUGGAGGAGGGGCCCAGCUUUGUGCUGCACUGCCCGAAGCGAGAACUUGAGGAAAUGGGAUCAUGGUGUCGCGAGCAGCACGGGAAAUCUGGACUGACAGAGGCCUGUAUACGGGCGUCGAUGAGUGCUCGCGAUGCAGAACAGCAGAUCAUAGCUUUCUUGAUACGGAACGGCGUGUGCGCUAAAGAGGCGGUUCUUGCAGGGAAUUCAAUUCACAUGGACAAGGAGUUCUUGAGAAAGGAAAUGCCCGAACUUUUAGAUUUUCUGCACUACCGCAUCUUAGAUGUUUCAAGCAUCAAGGUCAUCGCGCGAAGCUGGUUCCCCGCCGUGGCACCCCCGAAGAAGCAGUACACGCAUAGGGCGCUCGAUGACAUCAAAGAAAGCAUUCAGGAACUCGCCUACUACCGCGAGAAAAUAUUCAGAUAG